AUGACAGACUGUCUAAAUGAAGAAGUAGAGGAAGAUGAUUGUUGUUGUUGUUUGAUUUUUAUUCGUUUAUAUACAAUUCUUAAGUUGGUCGCAAAAUUUGUUUUUACAAAUCGAAAUACUUCGAUUGAUUAUUGUUGUGGUUAUAUUACUAUUAAUUGGUUUGAUAAAUCUUAG